GUUGGGUUGAUGUUGACCAUGUGAUAACAAGGAAGAUGCAACUCCUGGCGGAGGCUGAGCAUUUGAAGCCAGCUUUCAUGAAGGGGAUUGACAGUCAUUUUACGGAAUUCGUAGAUGGCUUGGUUUCAAAGUCAGUGCUGCUGGAGUCGUCACCAUCUGCCUUCCCAACUGUGCGUUCAGAGAAAGACAGCUCCAAAACCAAAGGCUUGAGAGCACCUCCAGAACAUGGAAAAGUCUUUGUUCCUAGGAAAUCUCUCUUGGAUGAGCUGUUUGAAGUGGACCACAUCCGAACCAUCUACCACAUGUUUAUUGCCAUCCUCAUCCUCUUCAUUCUUAGCACCCUUGUGGUAGACUUCAUUGAUGAAGGAAGGUUGGUGCUUGACUUUGACCUCUUGGUUUACAGUUUUGGCAAGUUCUCUGUUGUUGCUCCUACCUGGCUGUGCAUGUUCUUGUCCUCUCUGGCAGUACCCUAUGGCCUCUUCUGCCAGUGGGCCCAAGGCUACCAUAAUUCCUCUCAUAAGACAGUCCGCUCCUUCUUUUUUGGAACACUCCACAUGCUCUUCCAGAUGCUUGGACUUGGACUCGGACCGACUUGGGUUGCUAUGGCCUACGAUCUUCCACCAGCCUCUGGGUUCAUAGUCAUACUUGAGCAGGUACGCUUUGGUAUCUGA